AACACUCCCACAGAAUGCGUCGACGAGGUUUCAAAUCGACCAAGGUUCCAAAUGUUAAACUUCGUCCAGCACAACCUUCACAGAGGACACGCGAUCCGCUGCCUGAAAAUGUCUGGGCCCAAGACAGUCAAUUUCCGAGCGAUGACACCGGAAUCAUAGAUACUUGCCCGAGGCCAUUUUCUGGGAUAGUGUUAUGUGCGACUGGGGUAUUGGACAAGCCAGGUCUGUUUCGUCAGGCCGCAGAACUGGGAGCAGCAACGUGCAGCGCCUUUACGGAUCGCGUCACUCAUCUCAUCUCCGAGCAGCAUGGAGGAGCAAAGUAUAUGUGUGCCCUGGAGCGUAAAAUCCCGAUAUUGUCGCCGGAGUGGAUAACAGAAAACUAUCAGAUAUGGUUGAGAGGUGACGAUGUGGACCUCGAAGAAAGCACUAAGAAACACCGUCUCCCGAUAUUCUCAGGAGUCGUCAUCUGUCUUUCCGGCGUAGAAGAUAUCAAGAGACGUACCCGGAUAAAUAAGUAUGUCACUCAAUAUGGCGGCACCUUCUUGAAGAAUUUGGAACGCCCUGUCCGUGUCACCCACCUCUUAUGUUCCGGAGAGAAGGAAACCGACAAGAUGCACUACGCCGAAAAGUUCAAUCGAAAGCGAGAAGCCGAUAUCAAGCUGGUUUGGGAGGAAUGGUUUUGGGACUCGUUAGAAUUUGGCGGAAGAUUCGAUGAGGACAAGUACCAAGUUCGCCAACCACGGCCUGAACGCCGACAAUGCCCCGUUGAAGAACUAUCGACGCCUACGUUACCAUCCCGCGAAAUUUUGGAUUCCUCCCAUGAUACACAACGAGUAACUACGAAGGAUGACGAUGAGGAACCCGCGUCUAUUCAGCGCGUGCCAGCCAUUCAGCUUCGGAUAUGGGAGAGCCUACUGAAACAUCGAGGGUUCAAAAUUGACGUUGAACAGGGCCGACUCAUUCGCAGUCCCACCAAAUCUCAGACGCAGAGGACCUGCCCAGAAGAGAACGACAUUGGAGAGGAACGUCCGGCCAGGGCAGGCGGGACUCUCAACCCACGAGCAUCGUUCCUGGCCUCUGCCGGUUUCAGACGCGCCAAUUCGUUCACAGUUCCCGCCAACAAGUCUGUAAGGCGAAUUUUGUCGACACGCAAAGUACUGGCCGUUCCUGAAGCUGCGGACGACGACAUGGAGGCGAAUAACGUGCAAAUGGCUAUCGAUACCCCAGGAGCAGGACCCUCUGUUCCAAGAUCCGACAGAGCAUCUUCGUUGAAUGCAUGCGACGCCGACAUGAACGACCCUUCGCAGCGACCCAAUGCUGAAGCGCCCGACCCUACACCAGGAAUCUUUAGCGGGAAAAGAUUCUUGUUAUUAGGUGAGGCCGAUAGCCUUAGCGUUCGAGAUGCUGUAAAGAACUCUGGUGGCUCAUUUGUGGAGGGUGACGAUACCUGGGACGAACGAUACGAACACAGUGUGGACUUUGUUAUUGUCCGACUAGCUAGCGGAUCGUCGCUAUUCUGCGGUCUUCCCUCGUCGGCGUCAGCCUCUUAUCGAUCGAAAUUUCGGACAGAAUGUUGGCUGGAGAGCUGUAUCUUUCAGGAACGUGUAUGUGAGCCGAGCCAACACGUCAGUUUUACGCCUGUUGGUAUACCAUGCCCCAUCGAUGCGGCAGAAAAAGUUUUUAUCAGCUUCUCUGGCUUAGACGAGUCGGAAAAAUAUUUCAUGAGUAGACUCGUCAAGGCGCUCGGUUUGAAUCUUCUGCCAGCGUUCUCAAAACGCACCACGCAUCUAUUUUGUCCUUCUGCCCAGGGACUCAAAUAUGAAAAAGCGAAGGAAUGGGGUAUUCCUGUCGUCAGCAUGGUCUGGAUAGAAGAACUCAAGAAGAAUGGGCGCGUACCUGCAGUUGAUCCGUAUUUCGUUGUGGGUCAGGGAUCCACGAACAUCAAGACUGGGAAGGGAAAGGUGACAAAGGCGGAAAAGUUAGAAACCGCCAAGGAAGAUGUGAAAGGAAAGGGGAGAGCCGUCGAGGAUGAUACUCGAAUGGCUGAUAUAACCAAUGGUCGAUCGCAAAACCAAGAUGAGCCCCAGUCGCUUGUGUUCCAGCCACAAAUUACAAGUACGCAAAAGAACCCACCUCCAGGAGAUGAUCCUCCCGUACCAAUACCCUCGUUAUCAAAGCUGGUUUUAUCUUCACCGACUGGGUCAUUCGGACAGCCCAACGGUCUGCUUUGCAAUCCCGAAGAGGCUCCACCUCCAAGUAACCAACUUGAUGAAGAGCUGGUUGCCGUUGAUGUUGCCAAACCCGAACCUACUCAGACCCCCGAUAUAGCUCCGGUCUCAGCGCUUGACAAGGGAAAAGGCAAAGCGUUAGUGAACACCCAUUCCGAACCGGCGAUUUCCUCGAUCCCUGUUUACCCGAAUCCAAUUAUAAGACGACUUGCCACUGAAGCUGACGUUAAUGGAUCAGGGGAGGUUGAUUUCGUACCAUCCUCCCGAACGCCUUCGCCGGUGAAGAUGUCUGCCCUCAAAAAGAGGACCUCAACUGGAAGCAUGAAAGGAAGGUCGAGGAAUGGUCUUAUACGGAAGAAGUCUGGGUCAAUCUCACCUUUGAAGGGAGGCCACCAUCAACAACGUCCGAUGGAGAUUGAUGAAGAGAGAGCGAGGGCUUUGCACGAGAGUUUGGCUAAUUUGCUGAAUGACAAAGGGCCUAGUAAUCUCUUGGGGAAGAGACGGUCAGAAGAGGGUGAUGAGGGGGUCAAUGGUGACGCUGCUAAUGAAAGGGUCGGGAAGAGACCGAGGCCUGUGCGGUUGAAGCCCCGUCUUCGACCACAGGAACCGGCCCCUUUACAGCCUUAUCAGCCGACAGGAGCUGAUGACCUUAGCUUUGAAUUUGGCGGGAAUCCCGUCGAAGUACGGGAGGAAGUUCAGGAGGAGAGUAUACGCGUCACUUAUGAAGACCCAGGCCAAAGGGAUGAAAAGAGGAAGUUGAUGAGAUUGUUUGAGAAGGAGGACGAUGACUCGGAGGUGGAGAUCAUCAGUGUCAAAAAAACGGCUAUCAAAUCCGGGCUUACUGGUCGGAGGAAAGGUCGAAAGAGUACGGCGUAAAAGGAUGUAUGAUUCAUGUAUCUGAGAGGAUCUUUGCGUGUAUCUUUUACCUUUUCUUUAAGUUU